CUUGAGUCAUAUGUUAGUACGGGUGUGUCUCGGGUUCAAACUCCGCCCCUCCUUAUCAUCCAUCUUUUCCUACAAAACAUGGAAAACACUGCGCGCGCACUCAAAAUUGCAAUGGAGGCCCUCAACGAAGACGACGAAGCAAUAACGAAGCUUGAAACCGCAUGCUCCGAUCUGAAAUCCAUCCUCAACCAAUCUCUCACCAUAGAUUCGGCCUACAACAAGAUCCACCAAAACCUCCAAUCCAUCCAAGAAAGCCUAACCAUCUCAUCAAAAACCGUCGCUCCCUUGCAAUCUCUCUCCAUCGCCAACAAAGCCCUCGACACAAGGAUCAACCGCGCCGUCUCCCCCGCCCUCUCCCUCCUCUCCAGCUUCACCGCCGCCGAGUCUCUGCAGCGCCUCCUCCUCGACACGGCCUCGGAGCUAGCCCCGGAGAAGAGCCCGAAGAAGAGGCUGGCGAAACUGAUCGAGUACGUGGCCUGCGUAGACCGGCUCGACGCAGCCAUUGGCGCGAUCGGGGAGGAGAGCGAGCCGGCUAUCCAGAAGCUGCAGGAGGUGGUGGAGUUUCUCAGCCGGACCAAGGCGGCUGAUCUCUACACCACUGCGCGGCUGAGGGAGACGCUGGCCACGCUCAAGGCGCUGUGCGAGGCGGAAGUGGAUGCCAUGAGGUUCGAUGGAGUGCUUGAUGAGGCUUUGCUGAAUUUGCAGGAUGAGUAUGAAGCUUUGCUGCUCGGAAUCAGGUAUCGCGACGGCGAGGGUUUGGGGACGGAGAUGGAGAUUGAGGUUUUGGAGAAGAUUUCACAGACAUUGGCUGCCAAUGAUUGCUUGGAUAUAUGCAUUGAUAUGUUUGUUAAGGUUCGGUACAGAAGAGCGGCCAAGGCUCUAAUGCGACUAAACCCGGACUAUCUCAAACGAUACACGCCUGAAGAAAUAGACGAAAUGCAAUGGGAGGAUCUAGAAACUUCCAUAUCUCUAUGGAUGCAGCAUUUAGAGCUCGCCGUUAAAGCCGUGCUCGUCUCGGAGAAGCGUCUCUGCCACGGAGUACUCGGUGGCCUCAUGGGCGGCGCGAUCUGGCCAGAGUGCUUCAUCAAGAUUGCGGACAAGAUCAUGGCUGUCUUCUUUCGCUUCGGUGAGGGCGUUGCGAGGAGCGAUAAGGCCCCGCAGAAGCUCUUCAAGCUCCUUGACAUGUUUGAUUCCCUCGAAGCGCUCAAGCCGGAGUUUGAGGAGGUGUUUGAGGGUGAAGCGGGCGCAGAUAUCUGCGCCCGCUUCAGAGAGCUCGAGAAGCUCCUUGUCCAUGCCUCGACGAGGGUGUUUUGGGAGCUGGGGCUGCAGAUUGAGGGCAGCCAAGACGGGCUGCCGCCGCCGGUGGAUGGGUCGGUGCCGAAGCUUGUUAGGUACGCCGUCAACUACCUCAAGAACCUCGCCAUCGACAGUUACAGCUCUCCCAUGGAGAAGGUGCUUAGAACACAACAAUUGUGGAAAGGCGGGACCCUCUCCGACUUAGAAAACGAUGGAGAUUUGUUAAGAGAUGCGAUUUCCAAUGUGAUGGAGGCGAUCCAGAGGAACAUCGAGUCAAAGAAAUCGAGAUAUAAGGACAAAGUGGUGGCACAGAUAUUCCUGAUGAACACGUAUUGGUACAUAUACAUGAGGACUCGAAACACCGAGCUAGGGAAGCUGUUGGGAGAGGCUUACAUGAAGAAGAGGUAUAGGAACGCGGCCGAGGAGUCAGCUUACUUGUACCAAAAGCUAGCGUGGGGUCGUCUAGUGAGGUUGCUGGAAAAAGAGAGCGAUGGCGGAGGCGGUGAAGCGAACAAGUUGGAGGCGUUUAUGAGUGGAUUUGAUGAGAUGUGUGAGAAACACAUUUGUAGCUACAACAUUGUGUAUGAUGCGGAUUUGAGGGAUCAAAUUAAGGAGGCUACUUUGAGGCUUGUUUUGCCCGUGUAUACGGAGUUUUAUGACUCGAAUAUGCCGGCUUUAGCUGUCGUGGUCGAGGAUUGCCGGCCGCCGGAGUUGAUUGAGUCGUCGUUGAGGAAGAUUUUUGAGGGUGGUGGUGUUCAAAUCGAGCGAAGACGGUCAAUGUCUCAAUUUGAUAUUGGUGAUGAGUGAUUAGGUUUUAUCAAUAACGUAAUAGAACUUGCAUUGUGGAUU